AAACAUUUUUUGAGAGAAACAUCAAUCAUAUGAUUCUUAUGUAUUUCUCUUGUAAAUAUAAAUGAACCCAUCGAUCAAAUAAUCUUCUAUCAUCACACUCACAAAACCAAAACCUAUCAGGGAACUUAGGUUAUUAAUGGAGAGAAGAGAGGAGGAACAUUACUCGAACUACUUCGUUCAAAGCCCUUCAUCGGGUUUCCCCGACCAGGAAUCCGAAUUCCAGUCCCCAUCCCAAUAUGACUCAGUGCCAUUGGUCUUAAUCCGCCUAGAUGAAUCCCCUAAGCACUCAGAUUUCUUGAAAUACUCUGAAAACAAAUGUGUGUUCGAGUAUGAUGAUGAUGAUGAAGAGAAGAGGUUGAUGUCAUUGCGGAGCCCCAAGUCGGGUUGGUGGAUCGUGCUACAAAUAUUGUGGAGGUUUCUGUUUAGCUUUGGAGUGGCAUUGCUUGUCUUCUACAUUGCUACUCAGCCUCCUCAUCCUAACAUUUCUCUUCGAAUUGGAAGGAUCAAUCAGUUCAUAUUACAAGAAGGUGUAGAUUCACAUGGAGUGACGACUAUGUUACUCACUUUCAAUUGCACUCCCAAUCUCAUAGUGGAUAACAAGUCUAAUGUCUUUGGCCUUCACAUUCAUCCUCCAUCUCUCAAGUUCUUCUUUGGCCCCCUCAACUUUGCAAAGAUGAAAGGAACUAAACUGUAUGCGUCAAGCCAUGAGUCAACAACGUUUCAGCUGUACAUAGGAACAAAGAACCUGGCUAUGUAUGGGGCAGGAAGAGAGAUGGCGGAUAUGCUUCAAUCGAAAGCUGGAUUGCCUUUAAUUCUACGGAUGAACCUAAUCUCUGACUUUCGAGUUGUCUGGAAUAUCAUAAACCCUAAGUAUCAUCAUAAUCUGGAGUGUUUAUUGUUUCUUUCAAACAUAGGGAGACACAACCAAGCUACAGUGGUAAGACAGAAAUGUAGGUUGGUAUCUUAAUUUAUCAGAGAUUCUCUCCCUAAAGGCAUUUACAAGUACUAGAAUCAUGCGGAUGAGAUGCCAUGAUGAACUUGCAAUGGAACUUUUCUUGUGUUUA